GGCUCCUUGAUGGUUUUAAUGUUGAUUUUAUUGGGUUUUUUUCAUUUUAAUACCUCAACAAUUAAUUAGACAUUAACGUGAUGGGCGAGAGAUGAGCGGAGUUAAAGUUCUAAGAAUUUAUAUGUGGUCAUUUCUUAUUUCAUUUGUUUUAUCGAAAGCAUCUAUAAGGAUUCUCCAACCACUACCACCUGUUACAGAAGGAGACCUAGGUUCAAGAUUAACUUUAAAUUGUAACAUUAGUGGUCAUCCAGUCCCACAUUUUUCAUGGUACAAAGAUGGUCAUGAACUUGCCAAGAAUCUAACUUUAAAAGUUGAAAGCAAUGAUGGAAGAUUGUAUUCUUCAGGACUGCGUCUAGGGGAUGCGGGCAGCUACACAUGUGUAGCAGAUAAUCAUUACAAACUUCAGCAGCUAAGUACAAGGCUUAUUGUUAAAACUCCACCAGGCUUGUUAAUGAAUGUUACAGUUGUUCCCUCUAUGGUUGUGGCUACAGUUCGUUGGCAUGUGGCUGAUGAUGGUGGCUACCCUAUCUUAUACUUCACAUUACUGUAUAUGCCAGUAUCUCAUCCAGUUAAUGGAACCAGGGAAUUUCCAUUAUCAAUAAAAGUUAGUCCAAUAGUGAGAAAGUUUCUAGUCUAUCAUCUUAAACCAGGAACACAGUACAUAUUUCAAAUUUGGGCUUCAAAUAAACUGGGACCUGGCAGACCUACUUCUGUGAAGGUCACAACUGCUAGACCACUAGAUACACCAGAUGUGGUAGAGAAAAUGAUUGCUCAAGAUGGUUACUUUAGCUCAACAUUAUGGAUGGUUGCUGCUUAUAUGGUUGCUGCAUCUUUUAUUUUUCUCUCUUGCUUCACUUGUGUUUUAAUUUACAGAAGUAGGAAACAUGUUUUUGUUGAAGAUGGCCUUAAAGCAGUGCCAAAUGUCAUUGCCAACCCUGGUUUUGACUUUGAUCUAGAAGAGGCUUAUUUAUUAAGAGAAGCUGACCAAAAUGGUAACACAGAACAGAUAGUGAGAACAAAUAACAACAGCAUAAUCCAGCCUGAGAGUGGAUGAAAGAUUUAGUAUAUUAUCAUAGAGACUGUUUCAAUUUCCGUAGAAGGUAUUCUGUUAGAAUUGUUCGGCUUUAUGUUGGAUGCUCUGCAUACCUCCAUAUUUAAUGUGUUUUGUUGUUGUUUUUUGUUACAAAAAAGCUAUCAUUUAUACAUUAAAAAUGUUUACUGCUCAUAUUUCAUUCAGUGUCAUCACAAUUAUUGAUUUAUUGAAUUAUAAUUAACUGCAACACUAAAUUCUACUUUGUUUGCUGCAAUAUCAAAAGAUUACGUAAUUAGCUUUAUUUAGGUUAAAAAUGUAUUGCAUAAAUUAUAUGAUUAUUAACACUUUCACUGCUAACCUCUUUUUCAAAAGCUAGACCCACCUGGCUAAUCAAUUUUUAAGAAAAGAUAUGAUUUCAAGCUGCCCAAUUAUCACUUGAAAUAAUAUCUUCAGUGUUUCACAGUAAUAAAUAUUCAUGUACAUAUGUAGCAAUGCCUUACCUGAUCAGAAAUGAGUAUAAACCUGGUAUCUUUUGUAGCAUUCCCCUUGGUGAUGAAAUGGGACUUACAUCUUUUACAAUAAAAUCUUGUUUCUGAGCAUUUACCAAUUUUCUUACAAAUUCUGCAUGACUUAGUAGGGUAUUUCUUUUUAUUGAUUGGUGACAUGGCCACUAAGUUAUGCUCUUUGAGUCCACCAAUUAGAUGUGUGGCAAGAUAAUCUUUGGUGUCUGAUGACAUGCCAUAACUUGGUAUUAGAGGAAGAUGGGAAAGGGGCAGCUUCUGCCUGUCUUCAUUCUGCCAGAAUGGCAUCAAUCACCUCCAUUUUGAAAUUCAGCAAUGAAAGUUUUUUCUCUGGAUUUCCCUGAUUGUACACGAUACGCAAGUUGACCAUGCAAAGUUCAGAUAUAUACAGAACAAAUUUCUUUGUUCAUUUGGUUGUUUUCCAUGGUCAAAGAUAGUAUUUUACCAUUUGAUCAAGUUUGUCAAUGCUGGAGACAUGUCUGUUGCAAUCGAGCACACAAAUUGUUUUUUAAAUUUUCUGACUGUCGUUAUCUUUCUUACCAGAGUCCUACAUUCUGGAAUCAUGAAGUGUAGAGAUAAUUUUUACUGGACAUUUGUCUUUCCACACUAACAUAUCUCCAUCUUGAUGAAAAACCAUCUGCUGUAUCUGUAGCCUAUCAACUUCAUGCAUUGGAUCAUGAGGAGCAUCUUGGUUCAGUCUGAAAGUUCCACACACAUGAAUCUUUCGUUCAUCUGCUAGCAAAAACUUGGAUAUGGCCACACUGUUAUAAUGAUUGUCCAUGUAUACCUUGUUGUUGUCCAACAUAUUGAGAUGCCCUUGUCUUGUCCGUCACUGCUUGGCAAUCUGAUGUCGAUGCUGUACCUUUUGAAUGUGAAGCCACUGACUCACAUGUUUGCCUUGUAGAAGUUGCUUGUCUUCUGCAAUACACAUUGUGGAGGUUUCUGCAGUCAUCUGAGAUAGUACAUCUGAUGCUGACCCACCGUCCUGCUUACUGUGACUUGAAGUAUAUUGGGCAGUUUCUUGUGAAGAUCUUUGUUAUGUCAGUUUGAGCAGAUUGUACAUCAAAUUUACAUUUUUUUAGUACAUGACAUUUUUUCUCUAAAAGAAAACAGUAGGCCUGAUGAAAUGUUUAUCAAUAUUAAUAUCCAACCCAAAUAUUAUAUUUAAAUGUAUUUAUCUAAGAAAAUGUGUGAACACCUAUAAAUUGCAUAUAUAUUUCUUUAUGCACAUAAGUAAUAAGAUAGAAAUAUAUAUAUAUACCACUAACUCAUAACAUUGCAGAGUGCAGUAGGGUGGAGAGAUGGGGGAGCCCUGUCGCAGUCUUUUUCAACACGAUAAUUUCAGCAGUUUCCAAAAGUACACUUUUAUCUCGCACAGAAUCGAAUAAGUAUGUCAUCUCUUACUUCAUUGAUCUAUGAAAUAAUGUAUAAUUUGCAUGUAUGUUUCUACAUGCAUGUAUAUUAUAAGAGGAUUGAGCAAAUACAUCAUACCUUUGAGUGUAUGGCUUGUCAAUACCUGUAUGAGUCAGGUUGUCGUGCAGUGCAAAGCCCUUUAUGCAAUGCUUGCAUAAAUAAAUUUAUAUUUUCUAAUGUUUUAUCUGUUCGGCAACUUUCCUGCUGUUUCUUUACUGGUUUUGUAAGAAUUAUUUUCUUUGAAUGUACAGUGUCAAUAAUUCCAAGGUUAGGUUAAGUUUAGGAUGGUAUUAUAGAAUGUCUGGUUCACAUGUUGAAACAGAUACUUUCAAUUCAUUAGCACAGUAUUUCUGGCUAUUUCUUUGCUACUACUAGCCCCUACAUUUCUCUGGCCUGGAUAGCCACUGUAAUAUAUAGACUUAUUUAUGUAGAUAUGCACACUAGCUUUAUUGCUACCUUAUUUUGUAAAGAUUUGAUAGUUGGAGUAGGAAUAAUAUCAACCGUAAUGCAUCUACUUCAGUAGUUUAACAACAAGAAUAAUGAUUUGAUAAAAAAAGUGAACAACUGCAAUGGCACUCCAGUACAUUCUGCCUCAACUCAAGCAAUGCUUUCAUCCCAUAUUUGGCAGGUUUUUGCAGAUUGUAAAACACAAAAUAUUACAUGAUCUUACCAUUUAAGCAUUCCUUCAUCUAGGGACAGUCUUUUCUGUGGGCUAUAUACAGUUUGAACUUCUUUACAAUGUAAUCGUAAAUCAGCCAAAUUCUAUAGAGUCGAUUUUGACAAUUUCUGGGACAUGCAUUGUUGUCAUUGAAGUGGAGAAAUUUCAAUAUCAGUAGAAAUGUAUCCCUUACUGUAGAGUGAAUCUCGGGCUUUUUUACAAUCCAAGUAUUGAAAAAAAAGGGCCAAAAACAGCCAAAGUUUGUCAGAGGUCAAAUCCUUCCAUUGUCUAGUACAGGAAUAUCUAUUCAAAUCUUGAUGUUUCUGGAAAAAUUGCCCAGCAUAAAGAUUUGUCUCUCUGACAAUAUUGUCUAUGAGUUCAUUGGUAAUAAACAGUUUAAACCAUUGAAGGCAGCUCUUUGUAUUAUCUGGCUGUAUCUUUACACCUGUGGUACCAGUUAACUGAUGUACAUGUGGAGGUCUGUCUACAUUAGUCCAGUCCCCCACCUGAUUUUCAUUUCUCCUGCCCUGACUGCCAUGGGGAUUAACUCAACCACAACCAGGUGCUUGUGCAGAAUCAACUUUAUCACCAUUAUUACUGGCAGUAUUAGGCCUACGUGGCCCGGCAUGUGCAUUUUUGCUAUACGCGUCCACAUCACUUGAUUCAUCACUAUAAUUCAAGUCACUUUCAUUUUCAUCAUCUGUACUAUAUUCCUUGGCACCUUCUACAUCUUCUUCAUCUGAAUUAUCACUAAAUCAAUCGGAUUCAAAGUCCUCAUCACUGAAUGUUUCCUGCAAAAUAUCUUCAGCAGAAUGAUGUAAAGGUCGUUUUCAUGGGCACUACCAUCUUGGAAGUCCAAGAAGCAAUUCAAAAAUUCAAGUUGUAUUUUUGGUUCUGUAAUAUCCAUACAAAGUAUGAAACUACCAUGAUGAAUGAAAUGAAAUGGAAGCUCACUAAUGUAUUUUCCAAAACACCAGUUAUAAGUUCAUAUUUCUUUUGACAGAUGGCAUAGCAUGUACAGUACUUCAGUGGCAGUUAAAAGCUGAAGAUUCUCCUCGUUAGCCACUGGAACCAUGUACAAAGAUAUGUAGAUUCUCAUAGAUAGCAGUGGAAGUGUUAAGAGACCAAAUAAUUUGUUUCACAUCCCCCAAAUUAAAAUUCAUCUAGCUGUUUUAUUUAAAAGGAAGUCCCUUAAAUCUAGUAUACAGGUUAUUUCUUUAUAGAAAUAAUGUCAUUGAAGUUUUGCUCUAAGAUUGUUCUGUCCAAAGUGACAAUUUUAAGAUCAAGUGCCCUUGAUAUCACAGUACGUUCUGUUACCAGAAAUUAGCAUAUAUAUAUAUAUUAAACUGUGAAUUUUUCUUAGUUUUAAAUUUUUGGAGUUGGUUACAUGUUCUUGUUUCUUCUAUAUAAAUCCUUUCCUCUCGUAGCAGUAGUAAAAUACUUGAUGUGUAUCAUACAAAAAAGUUGAGAAAAUCAGUUAAUGUACUUGAAGGAAUGUGGACCUUUUCACACUAUUUUUGUGUUUAACUAUAAUUAUAAAAUACCUUAAAACAAUAACGAAAUAGUAAUGCAAAAAGAUAAUUAAAAAGUAUUUUGUUUUCUGACUAGUUUGGUAAAACUGACAUUCCAUUCUAAAUAAGUUUAUUGUUAUUAUCAUCUGUAAGAAAAAUCUGUGUUUUUAAACAUUAUCAUCUAUAGAGAAGCCUGUGCUUUUAGAUAUCAUCUAUAAGGAAGGCCCAUGUAUUUAAACAUAAUCUAUGAGGAAGGCCUAUGUGUUUAAACAAAUGGGUAGAAACAGUAAAAAUAGUGCUAUAUCACGUAUGUAAUUAAAACAUAUCUUGUAGCAAGACUUACCUGAGUAUGGAGUGGUAAUGUAAGAAUAUAGAAACUUAAAGAGUGUUAUAGUUUUAAUAUUAUUCAUAUUCAUAAAGUACUUUCUACACAAAAUAAACAUUUAAAAUGUCUAUAGGGACUGAUAACUUUAUUUAUAUUUAUCUGACGUGUUACAAGGUUAUCGUCACAGUUAACUGUAAUUAUAAUUAUAUUUGAUAAAGUUUAAUAAUAACUAUAACUAAAAUUAUAAAUUUUUUUGAAGAUUUUUGAUGGAGAACUAAUAGAUUUUUCUUUGAAAUUUUGUUCAGAUGUUUCUACGAAUUUAACACUUGGAAAUUUCAAACAAAUCUUUUCAUAUCUUAUAAUUUUGAAAAAUAAUCCAAUUUUGGGAAAUGUGAUAUGUGUAUCUGUGUUCAAUUGUGAUUAAAUUUUUGAGGAACUUUUACAGCAUUUCUUUUGUGGAAAUAUUUGCGUCAGAUGCACAACUUCAUAAAAAUAUUGAACCACGUAAUAUGCAUUACUUAAGACACCACAGGUAUACCUGAAGCUGUUCUUUAUGUCUGUAUGUGGCUUGCUAACAAUUUUUUUUUCUGUUGUACUAUAUGAAUUUGCCAGUAGUUUUGCAUCAGACAUAAUUUUGUUUUUGGGGCAUGUAUAUCAUGUAAAUAUUGUAUCUUGCUCAGCUUUAAGUCAAACUGCACUUUACUCAUAAAAUUUUCGUGAAAGAAUGUUUAAGAGCUUUCGUACUAAUAAGGCAAGCCUGUAGUUUAUAUUUGUUGUGCCUGUAACAGCUCUUAUGUACAUAUUUUGUUGUCAAGAAUAACAUUCAUUAACUAUUUAACCAAGUUGUUUCUUGAUUAAUUAAAGUGAUGUUCCACCAUAUGAAAUAUAUUAGUUUCUUUGUUUUGGAUAAUUCUAGCUAUAGAAAUAGUAACU